AUGUCGCAACAGCCAGGGCCUCAGCCCGGUACCACCGCGCGAGACUUCGCAGUUCCGUUGGCGCCCAUAAACACGUCAAUAUCAGAGCCAUCCGAUGCCUCAGCACCUGCGCCAGUUCCAGAGACGCCCGCCCGAACAGCACAACGAGUGCACUACGAAAUGGAGGCUGACUCCAAUGCUGGUCUCAUCCGUCCCCCGACUAAUUCACCUCGUACCGUCACGAAAUCCGACACAGAGUUGCAUCGACACCGAGCCAUGACCAGCAUAGGCUCUCCCAUCCGUCGACGAGUCACGCGCGCAAAUACCUUCAAGAGCAUCGACGAUUUCAGCGAAUUCGAGCAUGAAAAAGGCUGGCACCCAGGUGCCGAGCCGGGUUUGGAUCCGUUCAAGACAGAUGGAGGACGCGCAUCGCUGCCAAAGCUCUCGGCUGCCUGUGAAAUAAACGUUAUCGACUUUUCGCAUGACAAUAUCCAUGUAACCAGGCUCGAUAAUGACAGCCUCGGGCCUUUCUUGAAGGAGCCUCAGCCGAGCUGGGCGAAAUGCCGAUGGAUCAAUAUAAAUGGCCUCAGCUGGGAUGUGGUCUCGACUUUGGGCCAGUACAAACAGCUGCACAAAUUGUCUAUCGAGGAUUUGUUGAACACGAGAAACAGGACGAAGACAGAUUGGUACGCGAACCACGCCUUCAUCGUCUUCACAAUGAUCAAACUUGUGCGCGUGUCAGACGAGAGUUCAAGCAGCGACUCAGAUUCGGACUCGGACGUUACUAGUCGACACAGUGGGAAAAGUCGCAGAGGCAAGAAGGGCUCCGGCUUUGCGAAAGGCAUCUCGUCAGCGGUCCGAAGCAUGGUUGGGAGAACCAGACAGCCGAAACGGCCAACAUCCGAGAAACUCGAAAAUGGUGCCGAGAGCUCUCGAUUCCAACUCCAGUCAUGGGACACCGAUCUCUCUACCGCGUCAGGAGCAACACUCGAGCGAACGGUUCAACGGUACAACUCUGGUCCCAACGAGGCGAGAGUCGAAUUCAUGGAGAAACAUGCUGCCUUGGCAUCCCUUGAUCUCGCCGUGAUCGCGGAACAGGUGUCGAUGUUCAUCACGAAUGACAACACGGUCAUCUCAUUCUUCGAACUCUCUGCAGACAUUAUUGAAAAGCCCAUUCUCACGCGGCUAUAUACACGAGACACGGUCCUCAGGCAAUCAUGCGACGCAUCUAUGGUCGGGCAAGCCAUCGUAGACGCAGUAAUUGAUCUCGCCAUCCCCGUGGCUACCACCUAUGGCGAUGUCAUCGGAGACCUCGAGCUUGAUAUUCUGACGCGGCCCAAUAUCACCCAUACCAAGAAGCUUUAUAUUAUUAUAUGUGAGCUCAAUAAGAUUCUCAGCUUCAUCAACCCGGUUGUCAAUCUGAUCAACGCACUCCGCGACCAUAAAACGGAAAUGAGCCAAGAAUCUGCUACAAUUCACCUCCAGGACAGCUCAAAGGGCGUUAUUAUCACCCCGAUGACAUAUACGUAUCUUGGAGAUGUCCUGGAUCAUUGUGUGCUGAUUCAAGAGUCAUUGAACGCCAUCAAGGCUCAGGCGGACGGGCUUAUCAACUUGAUCUUCAAUACGAUUGCUGCAAAUCAGAAUGAAUCGAUGAAACAGCUCACGCUCGCUACAAUCUUUUUCCUCCCACUGACCUUCCUUACUGGAUAUUUCGGGCAAAAUUUCCAACCCUUCGGUGACCUGGACCGUGGUAUCACGUUCUUUGAGGCGCUCUAUUCUGCGAUCCAGGAAGAACAGGCGAACUCGAAGCAAGAAGCGCCGCUAGCAAAGCCGCACAGCACGGCCGCUUCGGUAUCCCGCGUUUCGGCAUCGGCUUGUCACGUUGAGCUCCUUGUUCCUGCCGACUUGUCCCAUCUCGUGUCCCUGUUUUCGGCAGGCUACAGUCACUCAGCAGGGUUGCAGAUAGGUCGGGCUGCUGUGCUGCGUGUGAUCGGUGGCACCAACCACCCUCCUCCCGCUCCAGAUGUCACGGUAUUUAUUAGUCACUUCCCCGGUCUUUCUAUCCGUGGAACGGGUCGGUGGUCGUUGGUUCUGAUUGAGGGGUCCUCGCUCUCGGCUUGGAUACCCAAUAGAGAGACAGGUGCAAAUUGUGCGCUUCACUUGAGGGGCACAGGCGAGUCUGAAGCUUUCCCAGUGCUUGUACUCGGGUGA